AUGUGUCCGUGCCCCGAGGAAAGCAAGAUUAAGUUCGCUUCUUUCACCUUCACCGAAAGGGCCUUGAAAUGGUGGAAUGGCCAUGUUAAAUCACUCUCCUUGGUAACAGACAAUGCCAUGGGAUGGGACACGCUAAAGGACCUUCUGACAAGGGAGUACUGCCCUAGGGGAGAAAUCCAGAAACUCGAGGAGGAACUCUGGAACCUCAGGAUGAAAGGGACCGAUGUGGUGGCUUAUAUGGCCAGGUUCUGUGACCUGGUAACUAUGUGUCCUAUCAUGAUCCCCACUGAGGGCAAGAAGAUUGAGCGAUACAUUUGGGGUUUAGUGCCUCCGUAUAGAGGGAAUGUUUUAGCAUCACGCCCUACGACCUUUGACAGCGUCAAGGAAUUGGCCCAAAGGUUGAUUGACCAUGAAGCUCCUUCCACUCCAUCAAUGAUAACGAUGAUUGCUACUGCACCCAUCAAGACAUCCGACAACAAGAGGAAACGGUGGGAUCGGAAGAAGGGCAAAUCAACCCAAUCAUCUUCAAAGAACCAACAAGUGGUAGCUUUCCAUGCUGCCACUACUCCUGCUGCCCUUGUGCCAACCAAAACAUAUGCAGGGAACCUGCCGAACUUUGAUUCACAUCCGAUACUUAAACCACAUGGUGAAGGUAUUGUCGAAAAAUGUGAUGGUUUGCCAUUGGCUUUGAUUGCACUUGGGAGGUUAUUGAGGACAAAAAGAGAUGAGGAAGAAUGGAAGGAACUAUUGAAUAGUGAGAUAUGGAGGUUAGGAAAGAGAGACGAGAUUAUUCCGGCUCUUAGAUUAAGCUAUAAUGAUCUUUCUGCCUCUUUGAAGCAGUUGUUUGGAUAUUGCUCCUUGUUCCCCAAAGACUAUGUGUUCAACAAGGAGAAGUUGAUUUUAUUAUGGAUGGCAGAAGGGUUUUUGCACAAUGAAAAUACAAACAAGUCAAUGGAACGCUUAGGUCUUGAAUAUUUUGACGACUUGUUGUCAAGGUCAUUUUUUCAACAUGCACUAGAUGACAAAUCGUUGUUUGUGAUGCACGACCUCAUGAAUGACUUGGCCACGUCUGUUGCUGGAGAUUAUUUUUUAAGAUUAGACAUUGAAAUGAAAAAGGAAGCUUUGGAAAAAUACCGCCAUAUAUCAUUUGUUUGUGAGAGGUUCAUGGUUUACAAAAGGUUCGAACCAUUUAAAGGAGCUAAAAAAUUGAGAACUUUCUUAGCAAUGCCUGUUGGGAUGAUAGAAAGUUGGACAACAUUUUACUUAUCAAAUAAGGUCCUCGAUGACUUACUUCAUGAGUUACCAUUGUUGAGAGUUCUAAGUUUGAGUCAUCUUAGCAUCAAGGAGGUACCUGAAAUAAUAGGCAGUUUGAAACACUUGCGGUAUCUUAAUUUAUCACACACUACCAUCACACAUUUACCGGAAAAUAUAUGCAAUCUUUACAACUUACAGACAUUGAUCCUUUGUGGCUGUUGUUUUAUAACCAAGUUUCCCGACAACUUCUUAAAGCUUAGAAAUUUACGGCAUUUGGACAUUAGCGAUACUCCCGGUUUGAAGAAGAUGUCCUCGGGGAUUGGUGAAUUGAAGAACCUACACACUCUCUCCAAGGUCAUUAUUGGAGGUGAAAAUAGACUAAACGAGCUUAAGAACUUGCAAAAUCUCCAUGGGAAAAUUUCCGUUUGGGGGUUGGGCGAUGUGCAAAAUGCAAUGGAGGCACGUGAGGCGAAUUUAUCACAAAAGAAACUUAGCGAGUUACAGUUGGAUUGGGGUUAUGGGGAUUAUGGGUUGAAUGUUUCUCGAAAGCAAACCCAUGAUAAGGAGGUCCUUAAUGAGCUGAAGCCUGAUAACGAUAGUUUGAAAAAGCUUGAAAUUUUGUCAUAUGGAGGUACAGAGUUUCCAAAUUGGGUUGGGAAUCCCUCGUUUCUUAUACUAACUCAUGUGUCCAUAAAUUUCUGUGAAGAAUGUACAUGUCUACCAAGUCUUGGGAAGUUACCAUCACUUAAGGAGCUGUUUAUUCUUGGCAUGAGCAAGGUGAAAGUUAUUGAUUUGGAGUUACUUGGAACUGGAGUUGCAUUCCCAUCACUUGAAAUUCUAAGUUUUCGUCAUAUGUCAGGGUGGGAGGUAUGGUCAACUGAUAAUGGUGGGGUUGUAGACACAGCAUUUCCAUGUCUUCAAGAACUUCAUAUCGAAUUUUGUCCUAAUUUAGUUCAAGUCUCACUUGAAGCCCUACCUUCACUUAGAGUUUUAGAAAUAAAAGGAUGUGGUCAUGGUGUGUUGACAACUCUGCUUCAUGUAGCUUCUUCAGUCACCAUGUUGGAAAUAGAUAAUAUUUCAGGGCUUACUGAUGAACUGUGGAGAAGUGUUUUCAAGUAUCUUGGGAAACUUGAAAAGUUAUACAUUAGUGGGUGUAAUGAAAUAAGAUAUUUGUGGCAAUCAGAAGUAGAGGCAAGUAAGUCUCUAGUGAAUUUAAGGAAUUUGAAUGUGAGUGCUUGUUCAAAUCUGGUGGGUUUAGGAGAGAAAGUGGAGGAUAACUGUGGAAGCAUCCAGACGUUUAUUAGGAUGUUGUCUAUAGCACGUUGUGAGAGUAUUGAGCAUUGCAGUUGUCCUAAUAGCAUUGAGUUUCUGAAUAUCCAUGAUUGUGAUUCAAUUACAUCAGUGUCUUUCCCAACUGGAGGAGGGAAGAAGCUCAAGUCAUUUGCAAUUGAAGGUUGUCAGAAGUUUUUGGAAGAGGACCUUGGAGGAGAAAAGAGUAGGUUGCUUAUCAAAUCAAGCAUGCAAAUGCUUGAAUCUGUAGAUAUAAAUGGUUGGGUAAAUCUGAAAUCUAUCAUUGAAUUAAGUUACUGUAUUCACCUCACCACAUUGAUGAUAACAAAGUGUCCAAAAAUGGAGUCGUUUCCCGACCAUGAGUUACCCAAUCUCACCUCUUUAACAAUUCUGGUAAUAGCAAAGUGUCCAAGUAUUGAUGCCUCCUUUCCUCGUGGGCUUUGGCCUCCCAAAUUGAGUUACCUUGGAAUAGGAGGAUUGAAGAAGCCCAUCUCAGAGUGGGGCCCACAGAAUUUCCCAACCUCACUCGAGAACUUGAUGUUAAAUGGCGGAAUAUAUGAUGAUGUGAAAAACUUUGAUCAAUUGUCGCAUCUUUUUCCUUCAUCUCUUGCUUCUCUUUCGAUAAUGGGAUUUCAGAAACUGGAAUCAGUUUCAAUGGGACUCCAAAACCUCACCUUUCUCCAGCGUCUCUUUGUUUCCAAGUGCCCGAAGAUGUUACAUCUACCAGAAAAGUUGUUUCCUUCGCUUUUGUCUUUGAGAAUCGAUGGAUGCCCAAAUUUGAAUGAAAGGAGCAUUAGAAGAAGCUCCUAUUGGCCCCUCAUCUCCCUUAUCCCAGACUCCACUUUUGACGAGUAAUUACAAGUUUAAUAUGAAGGUGAAAUACCACUUAUGCCUUGAAGCUUGAAAAAACCAAAGGAUAGGGACCAAAUUUUGACUCCUGUUAAAUUGAACAAAGAUGGAGAGCUAGUCUAAAGAUCAUCUGUAGAAAUUAACUAUAGAACUUCAACAGAUGGGAAUGCUGAUGAGGCAAGAUGCUCAUGUACUCUGAUUGUUUGUAUACAUAAUUGUCCAUGAUAUCUUGUUCAGGGCUUUAAACAAGUAUUAAUUAGGUUUUCAGGAGAUGAAAAUAUUCUAUGUUGGUUGUGAGAUUGCUGAUGAGGUUGGGCGAAUAACAAAGUGUCGAAGUAUGAAGAAAUUUCCUGACCAUGGGUUGCUGAUCACUCUCACCUAGUUGACACAUAUUAUAGAUAGAAAAUUGUAAAAUUAUAAGUGCUUCUGAGGCAUAGAAUUAGGAUAAAUUUGUAUUGUUCUGUUUCUGAAUUAGGAAUCUGUAAUAUAUACGAAUGGAUGAGAACCUGAUGUAUUUUUAAAAUGAAUAUACAAAAACUUUCAACCUAA